UGUAUGCCGACGAAUUUAUUGGACGACGCAUGGAAAUGUACUAUAUUGAUACAAAAGGAGAAAGAAGUCGAUAAGGAAAUGUAAGGUGUAUUCCGCUCUCCUAAAUUGAACAUCAUACUCUCUCAUACGACGCCGUUUCGGGCUCCAUUCCCGUCGGUGGUCACGCCGCCACCGUGCCGCCGGUGUUGGGCAUCUUCGACGAGGCAAGCUUUAUCUUUUGUAUUCAAACUGUACCUCACUUGUCCUUAUGUUCAUUCUCGAUUGUACUCUUCUUUUUUCAUUCAAAUUGAAACCUAGUUUUAGUGGAUUUUGGAGUUGCAAGUUAGCUGUUGAACCUGUAGAGCCCUUAGACACCUUUAGUUUUGGUAUCUUCGAAUUCGAAUACUAGAAAAGUACUGAAACGUGACAAUAUUUAUUCGAUUGUAAUUAGUCAAGUAAGGGGCAGUAUUACAUAAUCAAUGUUUCAGAUCUUAAAAUUAUUCAAAAUAUGCCAUUAAAUCAUUAAAGCAUUAAAAGCAAUUUGUCAAUUAAGUAAAGUUGGGACCUUUUCCAUCUUACAAUUUUUAACAAUUGUUAUUUGAUUAUAGUUACCUUGACAUGAGUUUACUUUUCUGUGUUAUUCUGAUUAUUUCAGCAAAUUUCCCAAGUAUUAGUACUGCUUUAAAACUGUGUUGAAGAAGUGUUGAAGAAGAGUCAGAUAUGGCGUAUGCUGCUCUUCUUUCUGCUUUGCAAGCGCUGAAGAAGGCAACACAGCAAGAUUUCAUUUCCAAUCUCUUCUCAAUCAAACACCAAAUCACAAUUCUUGAUGAAAAGUUCUGUUUCUUGCGAGAUUUCCUCGAAAACGAUCCACCACCAGCAAGUCGAGACCUCACUCAUAUUCUCGAAGGACGAAUCAGAGAAGCUGCUUAUCGAGCUGAAGACAUCAUAGAUUUCCAUAUUCAGAACCAGAUUGUCCCUGUGCCUGUCCCUCUCACUGUCUCUGUCCCUAUCCCUGUCACUGUCAAGACAAGUUAUUGGCGAACUCUCUCUGCUUUCUGGAGGUUCUUGUCGUUAUCAGACAAGCAAAGGAGAAUUAAGGAUUUUCGAGCUGACAACUGUGUGAAGUUAUGUCAUGUUCGGGCUGACAGCUGUGUGAAGUUAUAUCAGGAGUUUCAGAAAGUGGUGGAUGAAGUUGAGUCCAUUUUGCAACAAGUGGAACUGAUCAAGGAGAGUCGAGAAUUUGAAUCUUUGCAUAUGAAUGAUCACCACCCUACUGGUGAUGCUGAUGAUGUUGGUUGCUCAAGAAUCACACCAAUGGCUAUGGUUGGAUUCGAUGAUGAAAUGGUGGAAAUCAAGAAUCAGUUAUGCGGAGGUUCAUCCAGUCUCAAGAUCGUUUCAUUUGUAGGAAUGGCCGGGAUUGGUAAGACGACUUUAGCCACUAAUCUUUUCCACGAUCCGCUAAUUGAGUAUCACUUCCAUGUCCGUUCUUGGACAACCUUAUCACAAGAUCAUCAAAGGCCAAACAUCCUCCGCAGCCUUCUUCGUUCGAUGACUGAGAAUCUAGGCCUGGGGUUGGAAGAAGUAGAUGAGCUUGUGUACAAGAGUUUGAAGGGGAGAAGGUAUCUCAUUGUGUUGGAUGAUAUGUGGAGUAUUGAGGCGUGGGAUGACGUGAAGAUGCUGUUUCCAGAUGAUCACAAUGGAAGCCGGGUCAUCAUAACCACGAGACUAGCUGAUGUGGCAGCUUACACCAACUCUGGUGCCUAUUUUCACCAGAUGAAGUUCUUGAAUGACGAGCAGAGCUGGGACCUUCUCCGUGGGAAGGUCUUCGAAGAAGACUGCCCUGAUGAAUUGGAAAGUGUUGGGAAAUGGAUAGCGAGCAACUGUCGCGGGCUUCCCCUUUCGAUCAUUGUGGUUGCAGGGCUUCUCAAGAUGGACAUGAGGAAGCAUCAAUGGGAGAAUAUCGGGAGGGAUGUGAGUUUAGCUGUGACAGAAGCACGAGGCGAAGAAGAAGAAGACGAGCGUCUUCCAUGGAAGAUAUUGUCUUUGAGCUACAACCAUUUGCCUCAUCAUCUAAAGCCAUGUUUCCUCUCCAUGGCUGCUUUCCCAGAAGACUACCAAAUCCCAGUUUUCAACCUCAUAACCUUGUGGGUUGCUGAAGGCUUUCUCAAACCAUUGGAGUCCAAAAGCUUAGAACAAGCGGGCGAAGAGUACUUGGAGGAUCUUGUCAACAGAAGUCUAGUUCUGGUGACGAUGGAAGGGUCUAACCGGAAGCCAAGAUUAUGCAGCAUACAUGAUCUGUUGAGAGAUCUAUGUGUCAAGAAAGCUCAAGAAGAAAAAUUCCUUCACCCCAUGAUUAGAAUUCAAGAAAGCAUGAAGCACAAGCGCCGCCUUUGGUUCUCCAAAUCUGUGGAAUGCCUCCAUUUCAAGAGUGCGAUCGCCACAAACCCCCCGGCCCGUUCUGUCUUCUGCUGCUCUUACAAAGGUGAGGUGCUCAAUGGCUUUAACCAGCUCAAGAUACUUCACAUUCUUGAAGUGAACUUCGAGUCCUUUCCUUGUGAGAUACUUCAACUCCGUCGUCUCAAGUUUAUAGCUUUCUCGAGUGGAUUCAUUCGCUAUUGCACACUUCCUCCAUCACUGCCUAAACUUGAGCAUCUGCAGAGCUUGAUUGUGAGUUCAUCAGUUAAGUUUAGUCCACAUGAGUAUAGGGCAGUUGCACCUUUGCCAAUUUGGGACAUGCCACAGCUCAGACAUCUUGUGUUUCUUAACAUAACCUUGUCUCCUGCUUAUGGUGUCUUAGAAAACCUACAAACACUAUCAAGAGUGAGAAACUUCAUCUUCAGUAGAGAGGCCAUUGAGAGGCUUCCAAAUUUGAAGAGACUGAAAGCUAUCUACACUGGUCAUGACCCUUCGUUAUAUGAGCUUGGUAAUCUCAUCCAUCUGGAUAAACUCGAGACGUUGAAUCUGUUCUUCGCCCCAUCUUCGCGAAUGGAACGUGUUGAGGGUGUUAGGUUCGGUGUGCCCCUAGGGAUCAAGAAGCUGACUCUUGGGGGGUGUGGGAUUUCUUGGGAAGAAAUGAGGGGUAUGAUAGGUUCUUUGGUGAAUCUUGAAGUGCUCAAACUGGAGUAUUUGAGUGUUGUGGGUGAGGAGUGGGUGGCUGUGGAGGGGGACUUCCCUAUGCUGAAAUUCUUGCUCAUGGAGAGGCUUGAUCUCAGGUGUUGGAUGGCUGAGGGUGUAGAUUUCCCGAGCCUCCAGCGCCUGAUCAUCAGGCAUUGCUCGAGGCUCGAGGGUAUCCCUUGUGGUGUUGGAGAAAUACCAACGCUUGAAGUGAUCGAGGUGGAUCAUUGCACGCCCAUGGCCGCGGAUUCGGCGAGGGAGAUACUCGAGGAGCAAGUGAGUAUGGGAAAUGAUGCCCUCCAUGUUCGUGUUAGCCCUCAUUAGUGUUAUAUCAAGGGGUCGCAUACGUUGCAAAUGGUAAAGUUAGGGACCAUUUUUGUAGUUCCCUUUUCCAAAAAUAUGAUUCUGAAAUCAAAUUAAAUUUAAAAAUAAUAAAUUGUUAAUGUGGUUGAAUUGAAAUA